AUGGCAGUGGCGUCACGACGCAGUUGCAGGGCGCCUGGGGAAGAGUUUGCAGGAGCACAUGCGACAAAGAAACUAAUCUCUCCCAAGAUCAUCCAUCUUCACGUCAUGCGCCUCCUUCGCUGGUCUAGAAACGAAUUCUUAUUCUGGGCUAUUCUCGCCAUUGGCGCCCAAGAAACUCCCCACACGUCCUCCACAACCUCAACUCAAACUUUAGCGUGGGAUUUCGACGUAGGACCAGAUUUAAACACAACGAACCACCUCGUCUUCGAUACCGUCAGCAAUUUGUUCCAGCACUGGGGAAACACCCGUUAUCGAAAUGGCCAUACCAUUGUGCUCAGCACGGUUCCAGUGGGCACACUCCUUUAUCACGGGACUUAUAAGCGCGAAGUACCCUCGAAGCCAGGUUGGAUCGCCAUGGAUCCAGAACACUCUUACAUGUUCUGUCAAACCGAGCCGACAGGUGCUCAGACUCGUGCGGAUACCGAUCAGAAACCGGCGGGAUGCUGGCAUCUUACGCUUGCUACUACGCGCCCUCUCAAAGUGCUAUAUUUUGACGGUAGUAGUGCGGCGAACAUGGAGGGAGGCCCGAUGGACAGUCAGGAUAUCCUGCUUUGGGGAGAGAUUAAACCCGAAUGGACUUUUCAGGAGAGGAAGAGGAUUGACGAGCUAUGUAAAUGGGGGAAGGAACUUGGUUUGGAUGGUUUCGUCAGAAUGGAGAUGGACUUCGAAAUAAUGAUCUGUGACCUUAGCGACGGGAUAGAGAUGGUCUCUUUUCUUAAUCUCGUUAAAGGCGACCACAAGAUGACAUAUCCCCAUCCUAAAAAACCCAAGACCUCCUCGCCCCCACCACCUUCUGCAGCUGACAUCCGAUCUUCGCCGGAUAAAAUGCAUGUACUCCAGCGCGCUAUAGAGGCUGGUACUUGGCAUAAUAGUUACCCAGGUGAUAGGCGCCUUCACCUCGACCCAACCCGCCUCGUAUCAUUCUAUGAUUCUGAGCGCUUUCCAAGCUUGGCAGCGUUAAGAGUCGGCCAAGAGCGAUGGGAACAUCGUUUAAAAGGGCUCGAUGCUCCGGAUCUGGCGGCUUUUAGGGCGAGACUUCGCGAAAUUAUUGAACAACAUGACGGCGAAGGGAGCGGAGUUGAUUGGCAGACUCUGAUCCAGACUAUUAUAGAUCGGUACGCGGAGCGCUUGGAUGUCCUUCGAUACCUUCUGAAAAGCGCGACCGGGGAGGAAGACGCCAAAGCAGCUGUAGGUCAGUUGAGGGGUAUGCUAGUGCCGUAUAUCCUCUACACUUCUACGCCUAGCUCCGCAUCGAAAAACCGCGCUUGGGCAUCGCCGGUCUAUGAAUAUUGCGCUACGACGCACACACGAUUUAUUGCUUCGAAUUUACGGGUAUCUGCCAAAUUAACGCAAUCCGAGCAGUUGCUCCUGAGUUCUAUCCAGGGCGUGUCAAAAGAGAUCUGCCGCGUUGUCGCCGGGAUGUGGGCUGAGGGCGUCGAAUUGGGACUGGAUAUCAUACUGCCCUCUCAGAGUGCCCCCUCCCUGCCAGCGUUGGGGUCUGUUAUGAGCGCGGUACACCGAUGGCAAGAGCAAACAGACUACUUGAUGGAAUGGCUAGAUUGGGGUGUGUGGGCUACAUGUAGGCCUGCCUGCGAGUACGAGGAGUUCUGUUACAUGCCCACAUGGCCAUUUUUUGAGCGACGGCAAAGGCGAAAUUUCCGUCGUUUGGAGAUGGAGAACAUGAAUGAUCCAGAGCGCAGAUUGGAUGAUGAUGAGUAUGUGCUCCGACCGCAACCUAUAUGUCUUCGUCGAGUGGAGCCUUUUGAUAUGUAA